CUUAGGCUAACCUCAUCAAAACACGUGUUUACUUUAAAUACACCACCAACUCCAUCACUCGUUUCAGACGUCGUUUUGUAAAACAAACGCCUUUGUCACCAUAUACCAUUGGAGAGGACAGUCAUAUGUCCAGUUGAUAGUCAUACUGCCGAUCUGCACCAUGGACACAAAGGUCAAUAAAGGUCAUGAAGACAAAGGUGAUGGUCAUCUGCUGCAGCUGUUGUACGAGAUGGAGGCUGCAGCAGAGGAGAUUCUGUCAGACAAACAGCAAAUCAUCGACCUGGACAGGAAACGCCAGAAAACAAGAGAGGCCAUCAGGGUGUUAUCUAAGGACAAGAAGAGUGGGAAACACUGGGUGUGUGCAGGCAACAUGUUCCUCAAGCUGCCUGCUGACAACACAAAGACCAUCCUCAAUCAUGAUUUCAACCAGCUGGAUCUGGAGAUCGGCGAGAUGCGUCGGAACCUUAAGCCCAAGGUGAACAAGUUACGUGACCUUGAGAUGAAGGACGAUGCCAAGGGCUUCAAUCUUACCCCACUGAGUCGCUCUGACAUGAAACUCAUUGAUGACUACUGUGACUGAUUCAGUCACAGAAGUUAGACUUCUACUCUCAAAAUCUUACAUAUCAUGUGGCUCAAUAUUUUAAGCAAGCCCUAGACAUAUAACAUUUAGACUAAGAACAAGCCCAUCUAUCAUUUUACCAGUACAGGGCUUGGGCUUAUUUUGAUCACUGCGGAUUGUUGUGUACAAUGACUUUGACUUAUGUUGUGUACACAGAACAGUGACUUUUGACAGACUGAUUAUGCGCAGUCCUGUGACUUGCGAAUGAUUGUCUGUAGUUUGCACAAUCCUGUAACAUGCGACUGAUUGUCUGGACUCUGGAGUGUGCUCAGUACAAUGAUUUGUGACUGAUUGUGCAGUGAACACAGUAGUGACUUGUGACUAGUUAUAUGUAGAGUACACAGUACAGUAACUUGUGAUUAGUUAUAUGUAGAGUACACAGUACAGUGACUUGUGACUGGUUAUAUAUAGAGUACACAGUACAGUGACUUGUGAUUGGUUAUAUGUAGAUCACACAGUACAGCAACUGGUUGCUGGUUAUAUGUAGUGUAUGCAGUACAGUGACUUGUGACUGGUUAUAUGUAGAGUACACCAACAGUGACUUGUGACUGGUUAUAAGUAGUGCACAGUACAGCAACUGGAUACUGGUUAUAUGUAGUGUAUUCAGUAUAGUGACUUGUGACUGGUAAUUUGUAGAGUAUACAGUAUAGUGACUUGUGACUGGUUAUAUGUAGAGUAUACAGUACAGUGACUUGUGACUGGUUAUAUGUAGAUUAUACAGUACAGUGACUUGUGACUGGUUAUAUGUAAAGUAUACAGUACAGUGACUUGUGACUGGUUAUUUGUAGAGUAUACAGUACAGUGACUUGUGACUGGUUAUAUGUAGAGUAUACAGUACAGUGACUUGUGACUGGUUAUAUGUAGAGUAUACAGUACAGUGUUUGUUGGUUGAUUGGCUGUAGUGUACACAGUACAGUGACUUGUGACUAGUUAUAUGUAGAGUACACAGUACAGUGACUUGUGACUAGUUAUAUGUAGAGUAAACAGUGCAAUGUUUGUUGGUUGAUUGGCUGUAGUGUACACAGUACAGUGACUUGUAACUAGUUAUAUGUAGAGUACACAGUACACUGUUUGUUUGUUGAUUGGCUGUAGUGUACACAGUACAGUGACUUGUGACUGGUUAUAUGUAGAGCCCACAGUACAGUGACUUGUGACUGGUUAUAUGUAAAGUACACAGUACAGUGACUUGUGACUAGUUAUAUGUAGAAUACACAGGACAGUGACUUGUGACUGGCUAUAUGUAGAGUACACAGUACAGUGACUUGUGACUGGUUAUAUGUAGAGCCCACAGUACAGUGACUUGUGACUGGUUAUAUGUAAAGUACACAGUACAGUGACUUGUGACUAGUUAUAUGUAGAAUACACAGGACAGUGACUUGUGACUGGCUAUAUGUAGAGUACACAGUACAGUGACUUGUGACUGGUUAUAUGUAGAGUACACAGUACAGUGACUUGUGACUGGUUAUAUGUAGAAUACACAGUACAGUGACUUGUGACUGGUUAUAUGUAGAGUACACAGUACAGUGACUUGUGACUGGCUAUAUGUAGAGUACACAGUACAGUGACUUGUGACUGGUUAUAUGUAGAGUACACAGUACAGUGUUUGGUGGUUGAUUGUCUGUAGUGUACACAGCACAGUGACUUGACACACAGGAAAGUGACUGAUUACAGUAAUUUUGUUUGUGUUUGUGUAUUGACCUUUUAUCAUUUACUAGGUCCUGGUAUAUUGACGUUAUAUUAUAUGCUGAGGCCUAUGACCUUAUAUUAUUUCCUUGGUCCUACUGUGUUGAUGUUAUUAUACCCCGACAAACGAAGUUUGAAGGGGGUAUAUUGGAGUCACCCUGUGGUCGGUCGGUCCGUUGCAAUUUCCUUGUCCGGAGCAAAAACUAAUGGAUGGAAUUGGAUUAAACUUCAUACAAUGAUAGAGCAUAAUGAAAGAAGUGCAGUGUACAAUAACCAUAACUCUAUUCUUGCUUAUUACUGAGUUAUUGCUCUUUGUUACUUCUUUUUGUCCGGAGUAUAACUUGAAAAGUACUGGAUGGAUUUCAUUGAAACUUCAUACAAUAGUAAAGCACAAUGAGAGGAAGUACAGUGUUCGAGAACCAUAACUCUACUUCAGCUUAUUACUGAGUUAUUGCCCUUUAUUUGGGGUUUUUUGCUGUCAAUUUUUUUUCCAGACAUUAACUUGCAAACUACUAGAUGGAAUUUAUUAAAACUUCAUACAAUGGUAAAGCACAAUGAAAGGAAGUGCAGUGCACAAGAACCAUAACUCUAUUUCAGCUUAUUACAGAGUUACUGCUCUUUGUUACUUUUUUUCUUGUCUGGAGCAUAACUUGAAAACUAUUGGAUGGAAUUUAAUAAUACUUCAUACAGUGAUAGAUCAUAAUGAGAGGGAGUGCAGUGUACAGGAACAGCAAUUCUAUUUCAGCUAAUUGCAGAGUUACUGCCCUUUGUUACUUUUUUCUUGUCCGGAGCAUAACUUGAAAACUAUUGGAUGGAAUUUAAUCAAACUUCAUACAGUGAUAGAUCAUAAUGAGAGGGACUGCAGUGUACAGGAACCGCAAUUCUAUAUCAGCUAAUUACAGAGUUACUGCCUUUUGUUACUUUUUCUUGUCCGGAGCAUAACUUGAAAACUAUUGGAUGGAAUUUAAUAAAUCUUCAUACAGUGAUAGAUCAUAAUGAGAGGAAGUGUAUUGUACAGGAACCACAAUUCUAUUUCAGCCAGUUACAGAGUUAUUGCCCUUUGUUACUUUUUUCUUGCCCGGAGCAUAACUUGAAAACUAACGGAUGGAAUGUAAUAAAACUUUACACAAUGGUACAGCACAAUGAGGAGUUCAGUGUACAUGAAUCAAUUCACUUUUUUAGCAAAUUACAGAGUUAUUGCCUUUUUCUGUGGGUUUUUUUUUGUCAAAUUUUUGUCCUGACAGUUACUUGAAAACUACUAGAUGGAAUAGCAUAAAACUUCAUAUAAUGAUAAAUCAUAAUGAGAGGCGGCAUUCGGGGGUAUUAAUCACCUUCAGUGAUAGCUCUAGUUUAAUCUGUUGGAUCCUGAUGUAUUGAAGUUAUGUUAUAUGCUGGGACGUUUUGCUAUAUUGACAUAUUUUCUGCUGGGACAUGCUGUAUUGAGGUUAUAUUCUCUAUAAAACAACACAUUUUUUGGCAGAUCUACAUGACUAAAAGUAAUUGAAGGAUAAAUAAACCUAUAAAAAGGUAAUUAAAGAAAUAUAUAAAGACUGGAGUUAGUU